AUGGCACUUACGGCACCCAGAACGCGCGCAAAUGACCGUCUUACCCCUCCCCCAGACCCAGCGUAUAAUUACCCAGCUUCAACUCGCAAGCGUACACGAUUCUACGACGCGUACGAUAAGCAACACCACUUAAAGUCCUUCCGCCAGCUAUAUCGCGAUGAAGGUGUUGACCAUACUACUGGGCUGCGUUGGAAGCGUCAGAGAGAGACAAUGGGCCAUCUAGCAAUGAGAACAACACGUGGAAUAUCUAAAAAGCCACUCGGGAGGAAGUCUAAAGUCACAUUAGCUAUGUGCCAAAUGCUGGUCGAUCCUAUACGAAACCCCGUCCGCGACCAAGACCUUGACGCGCAAAUUUAGUACCAUAAACUCCCAAUAAAGAGGCGCUAGUUGCAAAGGAAAUUGAAGGAGCUUAUAAAGAGCUUGAUUACGUAUACG